CUAGGUAAGAAGGCAGCUCACCAAGAAUGGCGGUGCUAUGCGGUUCUCUCACUGCUUUGGUAACGACGGCUGCAGUGGGGGUUAUCGCUGCUGCUCUACUGUAUUAUCUACAGGACGCAGCAAACAAGUCGGACGAUGCGCGUGACGUUGUGUGCCCGUCAGAGUGGCUACUAACAUUCUGACUUGAUUCUAACGCUUCCUGUCAUCUCUUUUGUUGUUUUUUUUUUCUUGAUCAAUGACCAAAGCUUUAUUGAUAACGGACAGCGCUGGUUCCUUUGGAUUGUAAAUCCAGUGACGUACUGUUCUGCUCCUGGACUGUCGGGUACACAGUUUAUGUUACAUGUGAAUCCAAGCAUGAAUAUGGGAGAUGACAACCGUGUCCGGAGACCCUGCUGACAGUGCAGCUGAUAACCUGCAUAGCAACUCUGCGCUCUCUUGCCAGGGGCCGGGCAGUGUGAGAACUGGUAUAGGAUGCUGCUUGUGAGAGAGGCUGCUUCGGGCGUAUAAGCAGCAACUCCGCGACAUUUCUGUGUGAUUCGUUAACAUUCGGGAUGUCUGUAUGUAUGCGGCGAUUAAUCACCAACACCCGGGGCUUCCUGUGGUCGGACAUGGAGACCCGAGCCCUGCUGGAUAUUUGGGGGGAGGCGGACGUGCAGUCUGCCCUGGAUGGUAAUUUCCGUAACAGCCACGUGUAUCGGGACGUCGCUGGCCGCCUGAGCGACUUGGGUUUUGAGCGCACCCCGGAGCAAUGUCGCAUCCGCAUUAAGGGGUUGAAGCGCCAGUAUUAUCAGGCCCGGGAGGGCUUCAAAAAGAAUGGCCACGCCCGUAAGAUUUGCCGCUACUAUGAUGAAAUGGACCGGAUUCUUAGCAACCGUCCUGCCCCGGCCUCCAGUGGGGAUCAAAACUGCGCAGCCCUGCAGGAUCCUCCAGGUAUUUUACUUCUGCAUCCCGAGGCCCCCUGCAGAGAAGAGAUGCCGGGGGAUGCUGAGGAGGAGGAGGAGCUAGAGGAAGACGAGGAGCCCCCUAACUCUGCGGAAGGGGGCCCAGAGUCAUCGCAAGACUUUACCGAGGACUCAGGGGAGGGCUCCUCCUGCUACGCUGAACACUCUAUCAAAGUUGAGGAUGGAUCCAGCUUUGCUAUCCCCUUGCCCCCCAGUGAAGGUUUUAAAAACAUCAAUGUCAAGACAAAUCAACCUCAAGUCCAUCCAAUUAAAAAGUCAAAAAAGCGUCACUUCAGUUUGACAUUGGACAAGAUGAUGGAGCGGUUUCUGCAGCAGAGCAUGGAUGCCGAGGAAAGGUUUUACAAGUAUGAGGAGCAAAGGCUGCAAAUUGAAGACAAACGCCGUGAUGCUGAGCACACCCGUGAGAUCCAGAUGUUGCAAAUGCUUGGACAAAUGCUCAAUGGCAUCUCCUCUUCUAGCCAGAGGGUUGUAAAUAACAAUGCUAGCCCGCCACACAGAGCAAACAUUCAAACGUACGCUGACACAAUGCACUUUAAUUCUGCUCCAGCUGCUUUCUCUUCCCCUUUAGUUCUAGAGAGGUCUUUCUCUCUGCGCUCCUCUCGCUCCACAAAAGACAUGGAGAAUAUCUUCCAGCUGGUGAGGAACGUUAUCCCCCCACUUACCUCCAAGAAGCACAAAGGACAGGAUGGAAAAAUAGGAAUUGUUGGAGGAUGCCAAGAAUACACAGGUGCUCCUUAUUUUGCAGCCAUUUCAGCUCUUAAAGUGCUUUCAGAACCUGUAGAUACCAAUGAUCAGCAUGGAAGUGUUUUGAGGCUCAGUCAGGCGAUGGGAAAUAUAACUAUUGUGCAGAAAGGAGAGAGGGAUCUCAUAUCAGAUGGAGACAAAGUUUUAGUGUGCAGUCAUGAGGGCAGCAGUCGGCGCUGUGGGGGACAAGGAGACCUGUUGGCUGGUGCUCUUGGAGUUUUGGUGCACUGGGCAUUUCUUGCUGGACCAGAAAAGAUUAACGGUCAGAAUCCCUUCUUGGUGGCAGCCUUUGGAGCAUGCUCUCUCACAAGACAAUGCAACCACCAAGCUUUUCAAAAAUCUGGACGUUCGAUGACCACAGGAGACAUGAUUUUAGAAGUUGGAACAGCAUUUAAUAAACUCUUUGAAACCUGACAGAUGAAAUGAUCUUCAGAAGACUUAAUUAAAUGUACAUGGAGCACUAUUGUAGGUGUGGUAGCAGUGUGUACAACAUGCAAAAAAUGUUAAUUUUCAAUAUAAAAAAAAAAAAGAUUUAAAAUAUUGUAGAUAGAAUUUUUUGUAAAUAAAAUUUGGAAUACAUAAA